AUGACCAAGCUACGUCGCAACCACCAAGACAAUGCAGCGCUGACAGCGCGCGUUUCAAGCCUCGACGUGGAGCUACGCGCAGCGACACUGGUGUUGCAGCAGAAAACGAAUGCCCUUGAGAUCACGUUGGCCAAGAUUCUCGACGACAACAUCGUCCGAACGGUGUUGCGGGACAUGAACGCCGACAUGCUUUCGCAGAUUGCGGUGCUGGAGCAGCGAUUGGUCACGAUGCAAGCACGCCACUCGCAAGAGAAUGCACUCACUUCGAAAAAAAUCACGAAACUGGAGACCACUGAUGCGAAACUUCAGGCCGAAGUUGCUGCGAAGUCGUUCGACAUUGCGACCAUCCACUAUGAAAUAGCCAAGCUCACGCCCAAGCAAGCUCGACGCGAGGUGAACCAGCGUCGUUCCACGUAA